UUUUUAGAUGUCUUUUCCACUUUUAAUUGAAACAUGCUUCGACAUCAUCUCGUCAUCACCUUAAUCAACAUCAUCUUGAUCAAAGCUCAAGAAGAGGAAGGAGCGCCGAAAUGUCUGAAAGUGGAGCCAGAAUCGAUAGCGUUCCAAUGGUCACCAGGGUGUUACGACCCUCAAACAUUAACAGUAAGCAAAUGCAGGGACUUGUGUAUUGAUUCAAAGUUUAAAUACGCAGCCCUGCAAAACGGUAAUCGCUGCUUGUGUGGUAAUUCGAUAGAGAAGAGAGUAGAAGUUGACUCGUGUUCCCUCCCCUGUUCGGGAGACGGGGAUAAGAUCUGUGGUUCCGAAGACCCCAACGUGUAUACGGUCUACGACAUCACAAUUAAGAGAACGUUGGAAAGAAUUGCAUUAAAAAUAUCAUCGAAUAAAAGCUAUACAAAUGAACCAGUUAAAGUAAAAAUAGAAAUAGAAUCGUCACAAGAACUUCCAUUAUUCAUUAACUUUGGUGACGGGACGACCACUAAAACUUCAGCCUUUAACGAGUUCUCAGUCGACAAAACUUAUCUCACACCUGGAAUUUACGACAUUGUAGCUGCUGUUACAGACAAUGUCAUACAUAAGUCACUAGUUUCUGAGAUUGUUCGUGUACAAGUUGAAGAAAAAGAGAGCAAUAUACAAUUAGAGUGUCCCGAGAAAACAGUACCCGAGUUAGAAAGUUCGUGCCAGGUUACAACUUGGAAAGGAAGCUUGAAUAUUCUUCGAGUGGAAAUUGGUGAAGCAGAAGCUGAAGAAUAUAAAAUACCAGCUCCAGAUAUAGUUUGUUCGGGGAUUGCAGUUCCUGUUAUAGAGGAUGCAGAUAUUCUUGGAGAAGGACCCGACAAAGAAAUACUUACGUCCUUGCAGUUACCUUACGGAAAAAUAUAUUCAUUCGAAUAUUACGGUGUCGAAGAAGGUUCAUUCGAUGUUAUCAUUACCCAACCUUCGUGCCAAGAUGGAGAAAACUGCCCAACACCAACUUGUGGCGGUUCGUGCCUCCAAUGUUCUACUCCAUUUUGUAGUUGUUCUGCCAGAUGUUCAACAGAUCAAGGCUCUUGCGCUUCUGUACGUAAUACGGAAGGCGAAGAAGUGCAUAAAUACACGUUUGAAACGAAGAAAGGUUACAAUCUUCGUACCUUGACAGAAGAAGAACAGAUGGUAAUAGCACACGGUAGUGGAGUGAAAGUCAUUUGUGGUACAGCUUUUAUAGGGAAGAGAGAUGCAACAGACUUGGAGAAGGAAUUGUUUCUGGAAGAUACUGAUGGCGAUAGCAAUAAAGUUGGACGACUUUUCUUAAAAGUCUGUGUAGCACGCCCAUUUGUCUUCGAUAUAGCUCUUCAGUGCGAACAGACAGGGAAAUUUUCUGUCAACGUCGUCUCCAUAUCUCAAGAAUCCAAGACAGAAAGCUCCGACACUCGAAAUGUAGAAUGCCAACAGCCCAUCGAAAAAAUGACCAUAGAAGUGGAAAAGCACACCAUCAGUGUAUUGGAAUCGUGGACUUUGACAAUUCGCUUCCAUAAAGGGAGUGGCAUCGUCAUUGUUUAUGACUAUGGAAACGGAACCACUGAAGAAUCUGAACCUGAAGAUGAUACAAAGUAUAUCAAAGAAAUAGUAUGCCACGAUUCAGGAAUUUAUAACAUAACAGUUAAUGCCUCUAACGUACACGGGAGUGAAGUGGAUGGCGUGGAGCUUCGAUGCUUUAAUCCGAUUACUGACUUUUGGCAACUAGAAAACAAUUCUCCUCAACCGUUUCCUCCCGGAAAUGUCGAAUUUUGCUUGAAGUUCACUCAUGAAGGUCCAUUGCCCAGUAAUGCGGAAGCCAUAAUAGAUUUUGGUGAUGGUCUUCAAGAGAAAGUCAUGCUUUCCGAGGAAAUCACGGACUGCAUCUCAACAAUUAGUCAUACUUAUGAAAUCUUUGUCAGAGAACGCAUUGCAACUAUUAACAUAACUAAUCCUAUAGAAGAAAAGUCUUUCAAUACACAGGUAGUUUUAUAUCCGGGUGACCAAACAUUCAUCGUUACUGUCAACACUACGGAACAGCAAUUUACAGAUCCAGAUUACGUGGAUGCACUUUUAGGCGAAGAGCUUCUCUUUAACAUAACGUUUGGAAACAUGUCAGAUUUGGGAGAAGUUUAUCAGAUAACAUUUGUUUCUCCUGAUGAUAAUGUAACUGUAGAAAACAUAACUGAGCCUUCAAUCCGUCGUAAUUUUAAAAUGUUAGGGGAAUAUGUCGCAUACUUCACUGUAUUUUUGUACGAAAUGUCUACAGAUUACUCCCAUCCAAUAUCCAUUUUCACUUACGAAAACUUGACCAGGGUACUAAUUACCCACGAUGGCUCCAUACCUGGGCAUGGGUCAUCAAAAGAAUUCAACAUUACUUUAGACAAGUUUGAUGAAAAAACCUGCUUAAUCUUUUAUUCUAAUGACGGGAUUAGCCUACCUCAAUGUUUCGGCAACCGUAACAGCUGUCUAGAAGAAUACGAUGACGGUGCUAUCUCGUCGACAUGUCCACCCAUUAAACAAAUGCCCAUAGAGGUUAAUUUUACUUACCGAGACGUACGAGUUGUGACAGUGAAGGCUGUUGCAUUCAAUCCGAGAUCGACAGUUUUUCACGAAACGUUAGUCAUUAUAAAAAAGCAGGGUGAUGGUCCCAUUGUAUGGAUAGAGAAUAAUCAUACAACCAUCGCCAAUCCGUAUAUACAUAAGAGAUGCGAGGCAUUUCGUUUGGAAACAACCAUAAUCUUAACGUCUAACAUGUCGUACUUAACCCUGAAGAAAUGGUAUAUUAAUAGCACGGAUCCGAACGGAAUUGAAACUAAUCCCAUAGAUAUGUCAAAAUUUGAAUCAAAUAAAUCUUCUCUUUACCUUCCUCCAUUAUCAUUACAAUACGGAUACUAUAAAUUCAUCUUCCAGUGUAUUGUACUCGACGAGAACGAUACCAACAAAGAAUUGGCCUCCGAGCAGGACUUCACGUUCGUUAAAAUCACAAAGUGCAACUUAAGAGCUAAAAUUUUAGAUACUGAAGAAUCAUUUAUAAGGAAAGGUUUUGGUCAGACGAUUCAAUUACGCGGUGCAUCUUUAUCUUUCAAUCCUGAUGAUCCACAAAACAAAGAAGGAUUGACAGUCAGCUGGUUUUGCAAAAGGAAAGGUGAAACUCUCCAAAGAGGUCCGAAAGGUAAUUUAAUAAAGGCUAAUCCCUCUAGCCCCCUCAAAGACGAAAGUCAAAGAGGAGGAGAAGAUAAAGGAGGCUGCUUUUGUCAAGGUCCAGGUUUUGUUAACAUGGAUGGUGAUGUAGUUUUCGUUACGAGUUGGUUUUGUAAAUCCAAUGAAACAUAUAUAUUUGUACUACAGGCUCAGCUAGGAAAUAGAAGAAGUACAACCUUUCUUAUUGUCGAAGUUGUUGAUGGCACACCACCAACUAUGGUCAUUUUUUGUGAAAAGGACCAUAUGUGCAUUCGAUACUUGGACAAAGUCUAUAUAAACAAGGAUAAAUGGCUAACGUUGAGGUAUAAAUGCAUAGAGGGAUGCAUGGAUGACAUGUCUAUUGAAUGGGAGGCGAGCUGCUUAAAAUCAACAGAUAUAGAAGAUGAAAACGAAACUCAUAUUGCCGAUUUGAAAAAGUAUUGCUUAGGUGAUAGAGGUCGAUUAGGAAUAAAUCAUACUUUAUUUCAAGCUCAUCAACAAUGCAAACAAUUCCGAUUCCGUAUUAUAGCAAAAUCGACUGAAGGAGUAGGAAAAACAGAGAUGUAUCUGAUUAUCAACCAACCUCCCGAAGGAGGAACAUGCAGCCUCACUCCGACUGAAGGAACGUCGUUGCUACAAUACUUCUUCAUGAAAUGCUCCGGAUGGACUGAUCCUGAAGGGAAAACCAAAGUUUUUACAUACACGACUAUGGUAAAUAUAAUAGGAAUGUAUACGACAACUCUGCGUAACGGGAUAAAGACAUCUUUCGAUUUAGUUCUACCUGCUGGAGAAUUAGAGGUUUUUGUUAUAGUUACGGAUAAUUGGGAUGCAGAAGUUACGGUCCUGGUCGCUGUCGCUAAGGUCGAACUUCCCGCUUGUGAAGAGUAUGAAGAAUGGAAGCUACUUAGAUGGUUUGAUAAGGCGAUGGGAGAAGGUGACGCAGGUUUGGGAUCACAGAUAGCAGUUGCAGAAAUAAUGGAAAUCAAAAAAUGUUCAAACUCUUCGUUAGACAAUGUUGAUAAUUUGGGAAAUGUGAGUGACGAUGCCAUUAAUACGAAAUGGAACGAAUUUUUGGACAUGGAAGGUGCGGAUGUUAGUUUUUUUUCACCUCAGGCUAAAGAAGAAGUUAGAGAAAUGAUAAUUGAACAAAAGGAAAGUGAUAUGGAUAAUACAGCAAAGAACAACAAUCAAAUGAUGGCCAGAUUGAGGAAUUUAAGACCAAUGGAAACAGUAGAAGAUCUAGAAAUGAUUUCCGGAGCUAUCAGCUGUAUCACAAUGAAUGGCAUGAUGGACAAAGAAGGAAUGGAAACUGCUCUUGUAGUGUUAAGGAAUUCAGCAGAAAGAUUGGAAGAAAUUUCCAUUAACAGUGCUGAGGAUAUCCGAAACCUGUUAGAGAAAAUAUGCAACAUUAUGGACAGAAUAGUUACGUCAGUAGCUACACAACAGAUGGGAUUUUGUUUCAAGGGAGAUCGAGAAAAAGCGGAAGAGGAAUUUGAAAACAAUCCAGACACGAAAAACCCAUUUCUUUCUUUUGUCAAACCACAAACCAAGAAGGAAGCAAUGAAGAAUAAGAAACAGAGAGCUACGGACAACUGCGCCGAUCCAGUUUAUGCAAAAGAAAUCAUCAUUAAAAUUCAAUACGUCAUCGUCAAAAUCAAAAGGAUAGUUGUAGAACUUAUAUUCGUGAACAAACCGUUCAAUCUCUGCACGGAAAGUGGUUUUAAACUCACAAUUUAUAAAAUCUCCAAAAAUACGAAUGACAUGGUCAUCAAGAAACGCCAGGCUAUGUUUAACUCAACCGAUGUCUGCGAACUGAGUGGAAAGCCUGACGACGAUUGCUCUUCGGAUACUACAAUAGCAGUACAGAUGGUGAAAUGGAACCGACCAUUCAAUUGUUACAGUAACAACACCGAUAAACUGUAUAAAGGAUCAGCUACAAUUCAACUCGACAUUGUUGAUGCCGAAAAUAAAACCGCAAUACCUCAAGAAAAUUACGAAAAAAAAUUUAAAUUUUCUAUUCCGCGAGACGAUCCAACACCGUGUUGGAAUAAUGUCAAAGUUGACUUCAAAAGUCACAAUUUCUUGGCCUACCAUUUUAUAAACGUUACAGAUGUAGGAGUUUCUAUCAUUUUUCAGUUUAGGCCCAGUUGCGAUGCUCCUUUUGUCGUCUUCACUAAAUAUGACCACAAACCGACAGUUAAAGAUUUCGAAAGUAUAUUUCGUCCAGAAGUCGAUGAAACUGGGAUAUUCUCGAUGACUCUAACCACUGAUGAAGACAUCAAAGAUAACUCGACGCUGUACAUCGCAGUAGGCCAUCUCGCUAAUAACACUGACGCAGAUUUCUUCUUCGAUAAUAUAGAUUCAUAUAACUUAACAGCAGAAAAUAUGACCAACAAAUUCUCUUGCAAUUAUUCGUAUUGUCUAUUUUCCACCGCUUGCUACUACUUUGACGAAAAUUCAGAAUUAUGGAGAACCGAUGGCUGCGAGGUCGAGGCUGUCAGCGAAAUGGAAACUAACUGCAGUUGCGAUCAUCUGACAUCGUUCGCUGGAAGUUUUUUAGUAGCUCCCAAUAUGGUGGACUUCGAUUACGUCUUUGCUCACGCAGAUUUCAGCAAUAAUUAUAUUAUAUAUAUGACUUUAAUUGUCACUUUUAUCAUUUACGUGUGCCUCAUGAUUUGGGCCAGAUGGAAAGACAAAAAAGAUGUGCGAAAGUUAGGUGCCACACCACUUCCCGAUAACGAUCCCAAAGACAAAUAUAUCUAUGAAAUUCUAGUGUUUACCGGACAUCACGUGAACGCUGGAACAAAAUCUAAAGUCUAUUUUAUGGUGUCCGGCGAAGAUGACGAAACAGAAGUUCGAACCUUAGCUGAUGGUAAGAGACCGAUUUUACGAUCAGGAAGUGUAAACGUUUUCGUCAUGUCUACGUCAAGAUCUCUAGGUGAUCUAUUUUAUCUCAGAAUUUGGCACGAUAACUCCGGAAAAGGAAAAUGGGCCUCGUGGUUCUUGCAAUAUAUCGUGUUCAGAGAUGUUCAGACAGGUCAGAAGUACGAGUUCAUCGCCAAUAAAUGGUUUGCAGUGGAAGAGGGAGAUGGCCUGAUCGAUCGUCUGCUGCCUGUUGCUGGAAAGGAACAGAAAGCAGAAUUUUCCCAUCUUUUUGCUACAACAUCGCGCCAGAAACUCUCUGAUAGUCAUCUAUGGUUUUCAAUUUUUCUUCGUCCGCCUCGUAGUCGCUUUACGCGAGUUCAAAGAGUUUCUUGCUGCAUGGCAGUCCUAUAUUUAUCUAUGUUAGCAAAUGCCAUGUGGUAUCAGAGAACGUCCAAUCAGCCCAGUCCGGGUGCCUUGAAACUAGGACCAUUCUCACUCACAAUGGAACAAGUGAUGGUCGGAGUUAUAUCCAACUUCGUUGUUUUUCCUCCUAGCUUUUUGAUGAUUUUCUUUUUCCGUAAGUCACGUCCGAGAAGGUUAAGACCUUCCAGAAUUGAAGAGGCCCUGAAGAAGCAAAGAGAGGCGUGGGAGACAGAGUGUGGAGAAAUGUCAGCUAAUGCGGGAAGAGGAAACAGUAAACCGCUUGAUGAAUCUGCUAUUAAAGAGAGGAUUAAAAGAAAGCGAAAAUUUACCUUGCCCUGGUGGUGUGUGGUUUUUGGUUGGUUUUUCGUAUUUGCUUCUAUUGGCGUGUCAAUUUUCUUUCUUUGGGCUUAUGGUAUUCAAUUUGGAAACGUGAAAACUUCUAAAUGGUUAACUGCCUUAGUCAUUUCCUUCUUUUCUUCAGUUCUCCUUACUCAGCCUAUAAAAAUAUUUUUAAUUGCAAUGUUCCUGUCAAUGGUGUGCCGAAAGUUGGAUUACGAUGAGGAUGAUGCGGACGAAGACGAAGAAGAUCCCCAACUUGAGAAGGAUGAAGAAUGGUUACACAAGCCAGUACCAAUUCGUCCGGAGCGUCAUAUGUACAGACCGCUGGACCCUAAAGCCAUAGAGGCUGCAAGACAGGAAAGAGAAAAAGAAUUAAGGCUACACAGUUUAAUGAAGGAAAUAUGUGGAUAUGGAGCUUUUCUGUGGUUAGUCAUAGUCAUGUGUAUGGCAGAAAGAGAUCCUAACGGAUAUUACAUGCGGUUGAAUCUUAUAAAUGAUUUCAUUAAACCGGGAGAUUUAUGGAACGAUUUCAAUAACGUGAAUACAGAAGUGAGAUUUUGGAACUGGACCAAUGAAGCAUUGAUACCAGAACUUAUUGCGGGAGAUUGGUAUAAUGGCUUGCCUCCUUUGGGUCUAAGAGGAUUUUUAGAUGAUAGAAACAAUUUGAAGAUAAGUUAUGCAAUAAUGAGACAAAUAAGAAUUAAACCAAAUAGCUGCGCUGUAGCGAAACAAAUGAAAGAAUUUACUCCAGAAUGUGCCGGUUACGGUUCUAUAGUUUUUGAAGAUGGUGGCCUGUAUGGUUCAGGUUGGGAUUCUAAUUUUACUGCCGAAUCCGGAACUCCACCCGAAUACAAGUACUUAACUGCUUCUCAAUUGAAAGGGUAUCCCUUCUGGGGCAUGAUGGAUUAUUACAGUGGAGGAGGAUAUGUGGUUCCUCUAUUCGAAAAGCAGGACGACGUUCGUAACAUCAUUAAACGGUUACAAAAAGAGAAUUGGGUAGGGAGACACACCCGUGCCAUUUUUGUCGAGAUAUCGGUAUAUAAUGCGCAAGUAAAUCUGUUUGCAGCAGUAACUAUUGUAGCAGAGUUUCUUCCUGGGGGUGGAAUCACUCCUUAUUAUCAUAUUGAUCCCAUUAGGUUACUCUUUUACCAUAAUAAUAGUGGAAUGUUCUUUUUAGUCGUACAGAUACUAUUCCUAGUUUUCAUUUUAUAUAUUACAAUUAGAGAAUUGAAGACUUUUUACAGGCAACGGAUGAAAUACUUUGACGAAUAUUGGAACAUGUGUCAUUUUGCCAUAUUGUUAUUUUCAUACGCAGGGAUCGCAAUAUUCGUUUAUCGUUUCAUUCUAACUCAACAAAUACUCAAAAUUUUUAGAGAAACCGAAGGAACUGGAUACGUAAAAUUACAAGAAGCAGUACUUUAUAAUUGUUUAUUGAGCUACAUGCUUGCAUUCCUUAUGUUUUUAGCAACUUUACAAUUUUUGAAACUGUUGAGAUUUAACAAAAGAAUGGGAAUCUUAGCAUUAACCUUGAGAAAGGUGGCAGAAGAGCUUCGUAGCUUUGGCAUUUGUCUUAUGGUAGUUUUCGGGGCAUUCGUCUUCUUGUUCUGGCUUCUCUUAGGAAGAUUCAUGUGGGAGUUUUCUACUUUCGUAUUGUCUUUUGAGUCCUGUAUAAGCAUGUUACUUAAAAAGUUUAAGUAUCCAGAAAUGGCAGCCGCUUCUCCUUUCUUUGUUCCUAUUGUCUUUUUCAUUUUCUCCAUCUCUGCGGCCAUGGUUCUUAUCAAUAUUCUUUUAACGAUAAUCAUACAAAGUUUCGAAGAUGUCAAACAGGACAUUGCUAAAGAAAACAAAGAUUCCGAGCUUCUUCGUUUUGCCAUCGAACGUGUUAAAAUGAUGGUGGGUGUUGGAAGAUCUAAAGUACAACCGCUUCCUCCUAUUGUACCAACAAAGAAGACAGUUUCGACUCAAGAUACGCUGAAAGCUUUUCCGAGCAAAGUGGAUCAAUUAUUACAAUUCGUUAAUAACGUUUAUUUUGAUAGCGAGAUCGAUUUUAACAGCAAAGAUUUAUUGAGAAAGAUGAAAGGAAAUCAACGCGAAGAGAGCGGAAAAGGUAAGAGUGGGAAAAGAAAGCCGGAUACUCUGCGAAAAUACGGUUCCAAUAAAUUUAGGAGAGAAUUUGGCCAUCUUUAAAGUCAUUUUGACCGAAUUUUAAGUGCCGAAAAAACAGCAUUAGUGUGUACUGCAAAAAUCUUUAGUGUUUUUUCUGGACAUACAGUAUAUCUUUAGUGUUCUUUCGAGAUAAUGUAUUAAUAUUUAACUUUAUGUGCACUUGUUAGAGAUUAUAGAACAGAAUUUGUUCAAUUUUUACUAUUUACUUUCUUUAAUUAAAAUACAAGUACUUAUAAAAACUCGCUUUUUUCUUCUUUUCCUCAGAAGAAUCAUCAACUUAUCUUGUAGAGAAAUAGAACAUAAUUAUAACAUAGAUAAACCUUAAAAAUUAAAUUGUUGGCAAUAUAAACGUGUUAUAAAAUUAUAGAAAACUGUAUAUUACAUGAGA